AUGGAUGAUACAUAUGGUGGUAUGUCACUUUUAGGAGAUGAUGAUGAGACUGAUGAUAGCUAUGUUGGUCUUUCUGAUGAAGAUGAUGAUGAAACUGAUGAUAGCUAUGUUGGUCUUUCUGAUGGGACCGAGGAAGAUGACACUGAGCAAGAUGACACUGAGCAAGAUGGAACUGAUCAGGAUCAUGAGAUGGAUGGUGUGGUCGCGCUUUACACACCCGAACAACAUGAAGACAUUGAGAUGCAUGAGAAUUUAGAGCAUGGGUAUGAAGGAACAGAAGUAAGAGUGGAAGAAGAAGCUGGAGGAGCGGAAGUUGAAGCUGCAAGAGCCGGAGUUGCAGCUGCAAGAGGAGGAGUUGAAGCCACGACUGCAGUAGAAGAAGAAUGGGAUGAUGGUCUCGAUUUGGUUAAGGGUCAAGAAUUCAGAACUAAGGUAGCCAUGCAAGUUCUAGUUCAGAGGGGUGCGCAUAAGAAUGGUUUUGAGUAUGAAACAUUGAAGUCCGAUACUGUGAGAUUUGUGGCAAAAUGUCGAGGAGCCAAAGAAGGUUGCAAGUGGUAUUUGCGUGUAGUAAAGCUUAAGAAUUCAGAUCUUUGGACGGUUAGAACUUACAACAAGUCUCAUACAUGCUCAGUAGUAACUACAAGUACCCUUAGAAACAGAAGAAGAGGCACACCACAUGUUGUCGCAUCUGUUUUGAGUGAAGAAUAUCCCGGUAGAUAUGACACACCAACACCAGCUGAUCUGAUCAGUAUGGUUACCCACAAGGUUGGUGUUGAUGUGUCGUAUGCCACAGCAUGGAGAGGAAAAAGGAUGGCUGCUAAUGAAGUCCGAGUGGAUGCGGCAAAAAUAUUUAAGUAUCUAUUUUUCGCAUUUGGAGCUUCCAUAGAAGGAUUUGCAGCGAUGAGGAAAGUUAUCAUUGUGGAUGGAACACAUCUAAAGCAUGUUUAUGGUGGAGUUCUGCUUGUUGCGACGGCUCAAGAUCCGGAUCGUCACCACUACCCUAUCGCAUUUGGUGUAGUUGAUGGUGAGAAAGACGAAAGCUGGAUGUGGUUUAUGAAUAAGUUGAGGUCAGUGAUAGCAGAUGAAGGCGAAUUGGUGUUUCUUUCGGAUAGAAAUGCGAGCUUGAUCAAGUCAAUACGUGAGGUGUUCCCAAUGGCUGCACAUGGGUAUUGUAUCUGGCAUUUGUCUCAAAAUGUCAAAGGACAUGUUUUCAACAACAGAGACGCUUGCGCAAGCAAGUUUACAGAGUGUGCACAUGCUUAUACAGUGGCUGAGUUCGAUGAUCUCUACGAUGCCUUUUCCAGAAGGUAUCCUUCUGCUGCGGCGUAUCUGGAGAAAAGUGUUGAAGUGAGAAAAUGGGCAAGAUGUUACUUUGAAGGAGACAGAUACAAUGUUAACACAACUAAUGCAGCAGAAUCCAUUAAUGGUGUUCUUCGGGAAGCGAGGAAAUUCUUCAUGCUACCGAUGAUUGAUGUUAUCAUCAAGAAAAUGACUGAAUGGUUUAACAAACAUAGGAAGAAGGCAGCUGAAAUACCAGUCACAAAGAAGCUUGUGCCAACAGUGGAAAAGAAGUUGUCAAAAAGAUGUUUGGAAGCGAGGUGUUUAGAUGUUGUUGAGAUAAACAGCUUCCACCUUGAGUACAAUGUCAAUGGUAGUGACGGAAAGAUUUAUACGGUUGAUUUGGCAAGAAAAAUGUGCACCUGCAGGUGUUUUGAUCUAGACAAAAUCCCAUGUGUUCAUGCUGCUGCUGCUGCCAAGUUCUUGAGCGUAGGAAGAGAUCUUCAUCUACAAGAGUUUUGUUCAAAAUACUAUUUGGUGGAGUUGUGGGCAUUGGCAUACUGUAGGACGAUUUAUCCAGUUCCUCAUAUGUCUGAAUGGGUCAUACCUGAUGAGAUUCGAGCACUUAAAGUUCUUCCCCGGUAUACGAAAAAAAGAAAGGACCCACUCAAAAGCAAAGGUUUCCAUCAGCCGGAGAAUCUCGUGGACGAAGAAGAGGACGCGGAAGGGGAAGAGGCAGGGGCAGGGGAAGGAGAGGCGGACGUUUGCAUGAGUAUUUUGAAUGUGGAAGUACUUCUUCCCCCACUGAGUAACAUGGAACUCUUGUACUAG